GUAGUUUUGGGGUGUAGGCUGGGUAUUGUGGAGUGUUGGAGCAGGGGGUAGGUUUGGGGUGGUUUUGGGGCAGUUUUGGAGUAGGUUUGGGGUGGUUUUGGGGUGGUUUUGGGGUGGUUUUGGGGUGCAGGCUGGGUGUUGUGGGGUGCUGGGGCAGGGGGUGUGUAGGGCGCUGUACAGAGCAUGGGGACGGGCGGUUUUGGGGUGUUUUAGGGGUUUUGGGUGGGACGCUGAGUGUUGUGAGGGUGUCGUGGGGGUAUUUGGGGUGCGGGGUCGGGGUGUAGGGGGGUGUUUGGGGGUGCUGGGGGAAAUGUCCCGGCACUGGUGGCAGCAGCACUGGGAGCACUGGGACGGGGGCACUGGGGACUUUGGGACAGGAGCAUUGGGGAAAUGGGAACCACUGAGAAGAAUGGGGACAUUGGGAGCACUGUCCCCACAUUGUCCCCACUCCCCCUGCCUCAGUUUCCCCCCGCUCGCAGCCCGGGGCGGGGCGGGGGGGUCGCUCUCAGCCCCACCCGCGAUGCCGGGGGUCCCGCUGCUCUUCGUCCUCCUCCUCCUCCUCACCGGGAUCCUUGCCCAGUCCUUCCCGAGGGACCUGGUGGCUCGGAGCACCGUGGGGCUGGCAGCCACGGCCGCGUACCCGCGUUUCGGGGGGCUCCGGGGGGACAACGGCACGGCGCGGCUCGGCCUGGACUUCCAGCGGAUGCUGCGGCUCAACGGGACGCUCUUCGUGGCCGCCCGGGACCACAUCUACGCCUUCAACCUGCGGCAGGACAAGGGGACGCUGUACCCGGAGCGGCACCUCACCUGGGAGACGCAGGACAGGCAGAACUGCGCCAUGCGGGGCCGGCGGCAGGACGAGUGUCACAACUACAUCCGAGUGCUGGUGCCCCGCGACGCCGAGACCCUCCUGGCUUGUGGCACCAACGCCUUCAGCCCCCUGUGCCGCACGUACCAGGUGAGCAGCCUGGCCCAGCAGGGUGACGAGGUCAGCGGCCAGGCACGGUGUCCCUUCGAUGCCAAGCAAAGCAUCGUGGCUCUCUUUGUCGAUGGCAGCCUGUACUCGGCCACCGUGGCCGAUUUCCAGGCCAGUGAUGCCGUGAUCUACCGCAGCCUGAGCCCCGGGCAGGCUCCUCUGCGCACCCUCAAGUACAGCUCCCGCUGGCUGCAGGAACCCCACUUUGUGCAGGUGCUGCCCUACGGCCCCUACGUCUACUUCUUCUUCAGGGAGGUGGCAGUGGAGCUGAGCGCCCUGGGCAAGGUGCUGGUGGCACGGGUGGCCCGGGUGUGCCGCAAUGACCGUGGCGGGUCCCCGCGGGUGCUGGAGCGGCGCUGGACGUCCUUCCUGAAGGUGCGGCUGCAGUGCUCCGUCCCUGGGGACACCGUCUUCUACUUCGAUGUCCUGGAGGCUGUGACACCGCCACAGACCCUGCACGGGCGCCCCGCUGUCCUGGCACUCUUUGGCACCCAACCCAACAGCAUCCCUGGCUCGGCCGUCUGCGCCUUCUACCUGGCGGACGUGGAGCGCUCCUUCGAGGGCCCCUUCGCCGAGCCCCGCGGCACCGCCUGGGGCCCGGUGCCAGAGGACAGGGUCCCCCAGCCCAGGCCGGGCUGCUGUGCCGGGAUGGGACCUGCUGCUGGCGUUGUCACCUCUGGCGACUUCCCCGAUGAGACGUUGGUGUUCGCCAAGGAGCACCCGCUGCUGCACGGAGCUGUGGGACCCGCGGGAGGGAGGCCCCUCUUCACCCACACCGGCACCAGGCUGACCCAGCUGGCCGCGGACACGGGCGCGGGGCCCCGCGGGAACCACACCGUGCUGUUCCUGGGCGCCGAGGACGGGCGGCUGCUCAAGGUCCUGGCAGCUGCACCGAGCCCCGAGGCCCCGCAGCCCCCCGGGGGGACCCCGGCACCGAGGGACCCCCGAGAGCUGGGGGACAGCAGGGACAGCAGGGACAGGACGCUGCUGCUGGAGGAGAUCAGCCUCUACGACCCCGGGCGGUGCCACAGCCCGCGGGGGUCCGGGGUGCCCAGCCGGGUGCUGGGGCUGGAGCUGCACCUGCCGGGCCAGGAGCUGAUCGUGGCCUUCGCCGGGUGCCUCCUGCGGCUGCCCCUGAGCCGCUGCGGCCGCCACGGCUCCUGCCGAGGGAGCUGCCUGGCUGCCCGAGACCCCUAUUGUGUCUGGCUGCCCUCCAGGGGCUGCGUCCCCUUCUCCGAGGACCUUCCGAGUGGCUUCCAGCAGGACAUGGAGGGAUCGCUCGGGAUCAGCGGGACCUGCCAAGGGCCUACAAGGGUUGGUGACGAGGAUGGAGACCUGGCCCACGGGGUGCAGCAACCCGGGCCCGGUGCCGAAGCGACGGUUCCGGUGCCGGUGCUCGUGGGCUGCGUGCUGGGCGCCUUCGCCGUGGGCGCCCUGGCCACCGGGCUGCUGGCCACCUGCUGCCAGCGCCCCGCCGUCCCCAAAGCGCCCCCGGAUCCUCCCUGCGCCCCCCGGAGCCCGAGCCAGCCGCCCGUGCCCCGCCUGUACCCCGCGCUGCCGCCGCAGGACGGGAGCGGCACCGGCACCGGCACCGGCCCCGAGCCCGAGCCCCCCGCGCUGCCCCCGGCCCGCGCCCCCCGGGAGCGGGAGCCCCGGCGCGGCCCCGCGGAGCCCCCCGGGCCGGGCCCGCCGGGCAGGGCGGUUCGCGAGGAGACGCUGCAGCGGCUGCCCGGGGGCUCGGCGUGGCCCGGGACCCCCCCGGGCAGCGGCUCCUUCGCCAACCGGGUGCUGCCCCGCGGCCCCGCGCCCCCGUUGGGCCCCCACGACCGCGCCCCGGUGCGCCUGGACGUGCCCCCCGACAGCCCCCCGGCCCCGCGGCGGCCGCUGGCGCAGAGUUACUCGCUGGGGGGGACCCCCGUGAGCCCCCCCGGGCCGCCGCGGGGCCUCACCCGCAUGCACUCGCUGGGGACACCGGGGGGGACACCCUGGGGACCCCGGCCCGGAGCCCUGGAGCGCUCGGUGUCCAUGAAACCCCCCCUGCUCCCCAAACCGCUGCUGCUGCCCGCGGCACCGGGGCGGCCCUGAGAGCCUCCCGGGACACCCCAAAACUGCACCGGGGGGAUCCUGAGUGUCACCUGGGACCCUCCCGGGACACCCCAAAACUGCACCGGGGAUCCUGAGUGUCAC